AAACUUCAUCUGAUAAUUUCUUGACGACGGCUUGACAUGUCGGUAUUGUUUAGUGAUUGUGGAGAUAAAUUUCUUCUAAUUUAAUGGAUAUUGUUCUACUAGUGUGACAUAAAUACUGUCAAAAAGUGCAAUAUAAGAAGAGUUGAUUAGCAGAUUUCCAUUCUACGCCAACGGGAACGCGAAAACUGGACGUGAUGGCGUUGCCGGCUAACUAUAAGCAAGUAGCGGCAAACAUGUCGGCUGGAGGUUCAGGUGGUUCAGGCGGUCAUAUGAUGUCGCCAUCAGCACCUGCAACUUCCAACAUUCUAAAAGAGCGUUUGAGAGCGUCCGGGAGUAGUUCAGCAGCGGAACGUAAUAAGGAUGCUCCACCACUUUUCGCACAUAAUAAUCAUGGCAAUCCAGCAUUCACGCCACAGAAGACUGGGAAGGGUGGCGCAGCUGUUGUAAGUAAAGCCGACUCGCGUAUACCGAAACCGCCAAAACCGCCAGAGAAGCCGUUGAUGCCGUAUAUGCGAUAUUCGAAAAAGGUUUGGGAUAGCGUGAAAGCGGCAAAUCCUGACUUGAAAUUAUGGGAAAUCGGAAAAAAAAUUGGGAGUAUGUGGAAGAACUUACCGGAUGCAGAGAAGCAAGAGUAUAUCGACGAAUAUGAAGCUGAAAAGAUUGAAUAUGAGAAAAGUUUGAAACUUUACCAUAGCUCACCCGCAUAUUUGGCUUUCACUUCCGCUAAAAAUAAAGUCAAAUCUGGUACUGUUGACGCUGAUGUUCACGAAACUCCUCGUGCAAGCUCUAAAAGCCAACAGGAGCGAAGGAUUGAUAUUCAGCCUGCAGAAGACGAAGAUGAUCAAGACGAUGGUUACUCAUUUAAGCAUGUAGCAUAUGCUCGCUUUCUUAGAAACCAUAGACUAAUUAAUGAGAUAUUCUCAGAUAGUGUUGUCCCAGAUGUUCGGUCUGUUGUGACGACUCAAAGAAUGCAAGUGUUAAAGCGUCAAGUUACUUCUUUGACAAUGCAUCAGACGAAGUUGGAAGCGGAAUUACAGCAAAUGGAGGAGAAAUUUGAAGCGAAGAAACGCAAAUUGAUUGAAUCUAGUGAAAUGUUUCAAGAGGAGUUGAAAAAGCACUGCAAACCGGCUGUUGACGAAGAAACGUUUCAAAAAAUGGUUCAACGGCAAUAUGAUGAGCUUAAAAAGGAACGCCAACGUGUUUUUGAUGAUCCUGCAUCCGCACAACAACAGAAAGUAAAACCAGAUGAACCUCAGAAGCCUCCUUUAAGUGCGCCUGUAUCGAACCAAGGCCAGCCAAAAGGAAGCGAACCAAAUACUCAAAUACAGGAGCCUGAGCCAAUGGAAAUCGAUCCACCAAAAGCUACAACUGCACCACCCAGUUCGUCGAUUAAAGUUCCAACAAUUGAGAAAGCUAAACCGAUACAAACUGUCAUUCGUCCUGCUACGCCUCCAUCCAUUCAAAAGGAACCAAUGCCAAUGCCAACUCCAGAAACACCGAAAUCUUCUAAGCAGUCACGUAAAUUGGAUCACGGUGGGGACAAGAAUGAGCAAAAUUUUGCAUCUCAACAAUCUCUAAAGGACUUAGCUCCUGAAAAACAUGACACACCUACGCCACCGCCUCCUACAAGCCAUGUUCCUCCACCUGCACCUACACAAACCACCAUGUUACAGCAGACGGCUCCUCCACCAGGUUCCGCAACCGAUACACCUUCAACGGUACCACCUGCAGCUACGGGAUCACCGACCAUUCCCCAACACCAUGGUCCUCCUCCACCACAUCAUUUGCCACCUCAUAUGGCUCCACAUCAAAACAUACCCCAACAUCCGGGUAUGGCCCAUCCACCAUACGGUGGCUACCCACCAUCUGGAGGUCCCCCACGAUCACCAUAUUAUGCACCUCAAUAUGGACCUCACCCUCCACAACCAUAUGGGCAAUAUGCACCUUAUCCGUAUCACCAACAAUAUGGACCUGCGCCACCAUCUCAUUAUAUGGCUGCAAGGCCACCACCUGGUGGUCCACCCAUGCAUUUCGGCGAGCAUGGCGGACCACCUCAACAGCAACCGCAUGGAGGGGCUAUGGAAGAUCAUCAUAGUGGAUACGGUCCACCACAGAUGCCGGCUGCCAACACUCCGCCGAACGCAACACCACCACCUCCUUCAGCUGAAAGUGAAGGCAAACGGGAUGCAGAGAAUAAAAAGGAUGGCGAGUAAAAAUGCUAACUGAUGGUUUUUUAAUAUCUUAAAAGUAUUUGGUAAUUUUACAGCACACAGCGAAAACUAGUAGAUGUGAAGGAGUUUGUUUUAUAUAUUGUAACUAAGCCAGAAAAAACAUUAAAAUGGUUUCGUAACCAAA